UGAAUCACAGAGGUGAACUUCCUCAGUCUGGUAUUUACCUGGUGACUUUUAACGUUUAGCACAGAUGUAUGUGUUAUUGUCUCUCGCACUUCCACUGCUGGUGCAGUCCCAAAUUAUUGACCAGGUUUUCCUGCCGAUAGACUGUCAGGACAUUUUCAAUAACGGCUCCAUCCACAGUGGAGUUUACACCAUCUACCCUGGAGGACCUAAGAGCCCAUUGAAGGUGUACUGUGAUAUGGGCUGUGCUGAAAAUGAUGACCCGCAGGAAGGGAAAUGGACGGUUUUUCAGAGGAGAAUGGAUGGCACUGUGAACUUCUACCGGCCAUGGGAGCAGUAUAGGAAUGGAUUUGGAGAUGCCAGUGGUGAAUACUGGCUAGGUCUUGAGAACCUGUGUCUCAUGACAUCGAGAGAGAAGCAUGAACUGAGGGUGGACAUGGAAGAUUUUGAGCACUCUAAAGUCUACGCCAUAUACUCUUCUUUCUACGUCGCUCCUGAUUCAGAGAGGUACAAGCUACAUGUCAACGGAUACAUCGAUGGAGGUGCAGGAGACUCUCUAUCAUACCACAAUGGGAAACAGUUUGCAACUUUCGACAAAGACAUCAACAACUGUGCAUUGACAUAUGAAGGAGGAUUUUGGCUUGACAACUGCCACCAUGCCAACCCCAAUGGUGUGUACAAAUGGGGAAGUGGGGUACCUGCAGCUACAGGUGUUUACUGGUACCAUUGGAAAGGUUACUACUACUCACUAAAGUCUAUAGUGAUGAAGAUGAGACGUGUAGUUUUGGCAGCUUGAGCUGAGAUUCAUGAAUGUAUUGUGUGUGUGUGUGUGUGUGUGUGUGUGUGUGUGUGUGUGUGUGUGUGUAUAUAUAUUUAUAUAUACACAAAAUCAAAACCUAGUUAUAGUAAAUGUCUAAUUUAGGAUGAUUGUAUACUACAAAGCAUGAUUCCAGAGAUGUCCAAUAAAUUAAUUUGACUAAUUUGAUUAACAAAAUUGUGUGAUGUUUCAUUUCACAAUUAUAAUUCUAUGAACAAAUGUGCCAGUGAUGUGGUCAGGUUAAGAGUAGAGUAUGAGUAUAGUUUGUUGAGUGUGGAGGAAUAACUACACUAGCAUUGUGGAAAAAUGGCUUCCGACGUCAAACAGUGUACACUUUAAGGAAAGUGUUAACAAGUGAAUGCCAACAUCAGGUAAGCGAGUUACAUGUCCAAGGGGCUGCAUGUAAACGAAGACAAUUAAGGG